CAACCCGAAAAAGAAGCCCAAGCACCGACUUCCAUUUCUUAAAAAAAAUCAGCAAAAGCUUAAAAUUUUCCCUUUCUUUUCUUGUUAAAGAGAAAAAUUAGGACUUAGAAAUCUUUCCCCCCCUGCAGAAAAAUUUCAGAUCUGCUCUGUUUCUCCCCCUUUGUCUGUCCGCUGUUUUGCUGGGUGUGAAUCCUUCGGGAUUUUCGUUUUCAUGAUUUCUUCUCCAGUCUCCGUCGGCCUCCAUACCCGCCAGCUCCGGUUUUGGCUGCUGGAAAAACUCUGGUGCUGUUAUGGCUUAGAGCACUUGGAUUGAGUCGUCGGUUUUAUGCGAUUUGAGGUAAGUAAAUUAUGGUAACACCCUUCGAUUUUAAAGUACAUUUUUACCUUGUUUUUGAAGUAGUGGCAGGACUAAAUCCGUUUUACACAAGUAUGAUCGAUUUGAAAUGAAAUUAUUAUUCUUUUUAUUGAUUUGAGCAUGCCUUCUUGGAGUUUACUUAAUUGCCCUGAUGAUCUGAAAAUUAUUUGUGAAUUAUGAUUUUCUUGUUAAUUUCUGCCUAGUUUUGUCUCUGAUAUGGUCAUGUUAUUCGUGUGCCUGCUAGUAGGAGGUUUAUAAACGUUAGCACAUGUCGACAUGUAUUUCUAUAGAGCUGGUUCCUUGCUGCCAGUGGGAGUGUUAAACACUAGUAUUUCUAUAAUCCUGCUAGUGGGAUUAUACACUAGCAAAUCGUGUGCCUGUCAGUGGGAGGUUUAUAACACUGGCCAUGACCUAUAGAGGAGACAUCUAUUUUAUUUCCGCACUCGUAUCUGUUUUUCGUGAUUAUACUGGUUGACAUGCUAUAAGUUUAAUUAAGGGCUAUCCAUAUUUAUUUACUGAGUUAUCUCAUGGUUUUUCCUUGUCCACCAUUUUAGGAAGCGAGGUCAAGGACGGGGAAAAACGAGGGGAAUGACGAGUUAGAAGGCUAGUUAUCUUGUAAAUGGAACAUAGAUUUUAGAUCUAAAUCAUGAUUUUGUAAACUAGACUUUAUUUGGAGAUUUUAUGAUAUCAGAGCAAAUUUUAAAA